GCCGUGUCUUAAUUUAAUCACAUAAGUGCGCGGGAACAGUAUUUAACGGUUGAUCGAUUCACAGGAAUGUACGUGUUCAUGCGCAAAACUUAACUAACACGAUAAUACCUGGUCACCAUUUGCAUUGUAGCAUCGUCUGAUGGGACUCUUUAUUUCUUGGAUAUGUAUUCGAAGAUAAAACCAUGAGUUCAACGAACACGAAAGGUGCUGAGCAAUACGACCAAAGGAGACGUUAGAGAAAAAGAAACUCAGCGUAUACGAGGAAAAUGAGGAAGAAAUAAUUGACAGUUGCAACUACUUACUAGGGAACAAGUAAAUACCGCUUGGGUAAUUGGCCAUUGGAGCAAUUUGUAUUUCCGAGUCAGACGACGCUUUUAAAAAGACUUCGUAAAGAAGAACUGCCAAAAGAAAUCUAGAUCUGGAUAUAUACGUACGUCUGAAUGCCCGUUAAAGAUAAAUCGGACAUACAAUGAGUGAUGGAAUCGUGGUAUUUAUUUCUUGAAGUUCUUAUAGCUAUUUCCUCUGUCAUCGGAAAUGGAUUCGCGUUGUGGAUUCUAUUUGUCACUCCACGUCUUCAGACCAUCACAAACCACUUUAUAGCAUCUCUCGCUUUUGCAGAUUUUUUAGUCGGACUCCUUGGGAUUCCGUUUGCGAUUCUCACAAGCCUCGGCCUCCCGGAAAAUUUUCGAGGUUGCCUGAUUAUGUUAACUUUCCUACUAUGGCUAUGCGGUACGUCAACGUUUAGUUUGAUAGGCGUGACUCUAGAACGUUAUGUAGCCGUACUAUGUCCUCUACGUUACCCAAGCCUAGUGACUGUUAACAAAACAUAUGUUGUAAUAGCAAUAUCCUGGGCAGGGGCUGCUAUUAUUGGUUUUCUGCCAGCGUUUGGCUGGAAUUUGGGUUGGAACAGCGAUAUGCCCAAGUGCUUUUUUAUGGAUGUGAUUGAUACUCGAUAUAUGGUCUUCAAUGGCGCUAUGGUCAUUUAUCUACCGUUUAUGGUUAUGUUGGUCAUUUAUGCAAUUAUUUUUAAAGCUAUAAGAAGUCAGGUACGGCGUAUACGACCAGGUGUUGCUGUACCAUCUGUAUCAAGGACGGGAAUCGAGCAGCCUAGUGUCCCAUCAACAUCCACCUCUGUUUUGUCCAGCUCGCUCAAACAGGAGAUCCGCGCGGCCAAAUCGCUCGGAAUAAUUGUAGUAUUCUUCAUGUUGUCCUGGCUACCACUGACUGUCAUGAACACAGUAUUUGCUCUGCACCCAUCGUCUGCAGCGAGUUUCCCGCCAAUGCUCCUCAAAUUCUUUAUACUUUUGUCUCAUGCAAACUCGGCUGGAAAUCCAUUGUUGUAUGCUUAUGGAAAAGACUUUCGAAACGCUUAUAAAAAGAAACUUCAUGAACUUUUUCCUUGUUUGAGUGAUGCCCUGAAACCAAGUUCUAGAUCUGUGUCGGACGAAGUCCAGUCGGCGCAAGUGAUAUCACCUAUUACAUUAGACAAGAAAACAUCACAAAAUCCUUCAAUCAUAGCGUAGUACGUGGAUUUGGAAAUACGACAAUGUCAUUAAAUAUAAUGUAAUUUUAUUUAUAAUAAUGUUCAUUAUUAUUAUUAUUAUUAUUAUUAUUAUUAUUAUUAUUAUUAUUAUUAUUAUACUGCAUUAUUAUUAUUAUUAUUAUUAUUAUUAUUAUUAUUAUUAUUAUUAUUAUUAUUAUUUUAUCAUUAUAAUAAUUAUUAUAAGGAUGCUGUGGAUUGACAGCAUAAAUGGAUUUUGUAAAAUCAAACUUAUGAAAACAAUAAUGACAUUGAUUAAUAUAACCUCACAAAUUGACCAAAAAAUGUGUAUAUUUAAAUUUCUGUGACAUUCUUCAACGUAUUUCCAACAUUAAAGUAUUACUAAGUCGAGCGCACUGGUGGUAACACACUAUAGUGCAUCAAGUGAGUAUGUGUAAAUUCGGCUACGCGCUAUAUUAUCACAAGCAAUCAAAGAUGGAGAAAUCAGGAUGUUUAUGUUAGUUAAAAGCCUAAAUUGGUAUUCGAAAUGCCCUACUAUACAUUGGCUUAACUUAGAGGCAUCUUACUAUCUAAUAGACACUCUUACCAGGGCUGUAUCCAGGAUUGCCAAUGUAGGAUGCAUGGGUGUGCACAUAUGCACAAACUGGGGGGGGGGGUUACCUAGAAUUCCAGAGACGUCAAUAGCAAGGGGCAGCUUCAGUAUUGUAGAGAUCUAAGGGCCGAAAUAUUGGCCUACCGAUACAAGUAUAAAAUUUUAAGUUUUCUAAAAAUCUUAUUACAAAAAAAUAAUAAAUUUUCCAUUUAGCAAAUUCUCGACUGUCUUAAAAUGUGGACCUUUUCCGUUUAUGAGGACGGUGCAUACGCACCCAUUGCAUCCCCCUGGAUACGGGCCUGUUUUUACUCAUUGAGUAUGAUCUAGGCCUAGUAGUAGGCCUACAGAUUAUACUGGAUACUUUGGACAAUACAUAGAAUUGAAAAUGAAUUCAUUAAGAAAACUGUAAGGCGAUAUCAAGUUAUGAGUAUCAAUAACGACAUGAUUUAUAAUAAGUCUCAUAAAUUUAACUGAUAAUCAAACAAGUGGUCGCUUCUUUCUGGGAAUUGAGACAACAUGUAUAAUGACAAUAUUUUAAGUGAGGCAUUUUAUUUUAUGAUAAUGCCUAGUGAUGAUUUACAAACUUCUAAUAGUAUAAGUACCAAUAUUGAAUUAUAAUUUAUGAAAUCAAAUCAGCCAGGUUAAUGCUCUAGUUAUCUUCGUAGAAUUGUUAGUAAAACGGAAGUUACAAUAUUAUCAAUGACAUGUCAUUAACGGUUACCCGUAGGCGCACCCCUAUAUUGUCUUGAUAGCCGUUGAGGCAAAAAAAAAACUUCAUGUAGCAUAAGGUGAUAGUGAUAAAUUCUUCUGAUUACUUGGAAUGGGCACGAACUCAAUAAGAAGAGGCGUGGUGACGACACUGACGACUAGUGCUGUCGUUUAAUAUGAUGCGUAUCAGCCAAUUUUUGUCAACUAAAGUUAAUACACAUCGAAGCAUUUGGGUAGUUACAUUAAAGGCAUAGUAGUUAAGGAGGAAAAAUGUAAAUUGAAUGAAGUGAGUGUUUGUUAGUAAUAGUGGAAUUUAAACUGCCACAGCAAUUCUGAAUCUAUCUGUAGGACUGUAAAUUUUUGACAAAUAUAUUUAUAUUUCCACUUGAUUAAGUAAGUUUAAAAACAAUUUAAGUUCUCGUCUUCCUAGCAAGUUUGUACAUAUCGUAUAUUGAUAUCAACUAAUUUUAUUUAAGGUUAUCAUAUAUUCUGAUGUCAUUGUGUUAAAGUGAAAAUAAAAGGUUUUUAUCUUUCAUUUCAUUCUUCCUCCUAAUUGAGUUACUACCAUUUAAAAAAAAAACACUUCGGGCUCAUAUACAAUGAAUGUUUGAAGAAAAUGUGUAUCUAACAAAUCUGUCAAGUUCAGAAACGUGUUUAUAUGGAUAUACUUAAGCAUAAUUCAUGAAUAUUCUUGAGUAUCUUAUGUAAUUCUCUAACAAGCCUGUGAUUAUUCAUAUUAAUGAAUGUAUAUGGCCUGUUGCAUUGAUACAGAAUGUUAAACAAUAAUGAUCAUGUAAAAUCAUCUGAACGUGUUCCCAUGACACCUGGACAAAAUGGCAAAACUUAAAAACAUUAUUAAUUAAAUUAGCUAUGAUAACUUUUCGGGUUGUUGGUUUUCUUUAAUAUUAAUGAGUGCCAUUUUUAGCCCAGAUGUGAGAGACACACAGUUACGAGUUACUUUAAUGCGGUUAGGAAGCCAACAUAAUGAUUAUGUCAUGGGCCUAUAAAUUGUAGUUUUUAGAUGUUGAAAAUAGUUUGUCAGAUUUUAAAGAUCGACAGUAGGCCUAUGCCUAUAUGAAAAUAAUAGUCAAAAUAUUAAAAUCUAUACGGUACUGAUCGAUGAUUUGACAACAUACCGGUACUUAUUCAUGUUCUAAAAAAAUUAACAUAAAACUUGCGACUUAGUCCGCAUUUCGUGGAAACAGGACACCUAUUAUAAGAUUUUUCUGAACAAAUUUUGUUGGAAUUUACAGUAGCUAAAUAAAGGCUUGGAAUGUCAAGUAAA